AUAGACCCAUCAUCUAUUAAAUAUACAAUUAAAAUUACAAACUAUUCUUUUGCAAAUCCCUUAUCAACAUUAGAGGUAAUUAUGAUGGCAUCAAUCGAAUCGUUAAGCAACUCGACAAAGAAAUGCUCAAUGCUAUCCAAAGGUAAUACUACAACAGAGAAUUUAAACUUUUUAAAACUUCAGGUUGAUGAUAAAAGUCUCUAUGGAUCAUUUGUGCAAAGAGGAGUUAAAGAUUAUGAUGAAACAGUCCCAGUAUUAAAUAGAUUUUCAAACGAUGCUAUAUCUGGUUCAUCACUCCCAGAAUUAAACUGUAGCCCAACCAAAACCCACUCAUACAUUUCAAUUAUGCUCCCACAAUUUCGAGAAACCAUUACCAUCGAUCCCACCUUCAGUGUUUUGGUUGAUUAUAAUGACCCUAGCUCUUCUGAUCAAUCAGUUUGUUCUUUCCUCAAACAAAAAGAAAUAGAAAAAACUCUUAGAUUUAUUAUUGGCAUAAUUGUUGGCUUCUUUUUCUUGCUUUUAAUACUUUUAAUUUUAAUUAAAUCUAUUAUGAAUAAUACUAGGUUUAUUAAAGUUAAAAUUUUCUUAUUACAUAUAAAAUAUUUAUUUAUAUAUUAUACAUAUUAUAAAUCUUAUGAAUUAGAAGAGUUUUAA